AUGCAGAUUUUGGUUACCCUCAUCAAAUCUCAGCUGAUGUACAGCUGCCAGGCAGGUCCCUGUGUCAAAGUCCCUGUUCCAGGCAGGGAGCCUGAGGAGCUGAGGCAGAAGUUGGCGGCAAAAGACUGGGUCCUAGACUUGAUGGACAAAAUAGAAACCGAUGAAUCCCUGUGCCUGGAUGGCAUCCACGCCAAAGAACUCAGCAUAUCUCUGCCCCUCACCCGCCAGUCACCCCCACCCAGUAAUCGCUUCCUCUCACGCAGCAACAUUGCGGGGUUGCGCUCGCUCAGCCUCUCUGAGGGUGAGUCACUCCCCCCUUCGUGCCCUGUCAGCACAGACCGCCCUGCAGAGGAAGCAAUGGGGCACCUGGCCAAGAAGACUCCUGGGGGCCACCGACCAGCUGGUUUCUUCUUCUUUGGACUAACCUUCCUGCUGCUGGUGCUGUAUUACACCAUCGCCCCCGAGGAGCCCCGGGCCCAGUCGGCGCGCCCCCACCCGCCCCCGGCCUCGCCCGACGCCCGCGACUUGCAGGUGCUGCUCUCGCGGAUCGCGUGGCCGGCUCCCGCCGAAGCCGCCGACGUGGCGUUCGCCAGCUCCACCUGCCCGGAGAAGAGCGGCUACGCGCUCCUGCCCCGCGCCCCGCGCAACUAUACGGUGGGCGACACGCUGCUGGUGCGCCUGGAGGCGCGCGACCACGCCGGGCGGCGCAAGCGCUACGGGGGCGACUUGGUGCGCGCCAAGGUGCACUCGCCUGAGCUGAAGGCGGCCGCGGCCGGGACGGUGCAGGAUCACGGCGACGGCUCCUACACGCUGGCCUUCCCGCUGCUGUGGGCGGGCGCCGUGCGCGUGGCGGUGCGCCUCACCCACUCCAGCGAGGCCGUGGCGCUCUUGCGCCGCAUCCGCCGCUCGCAGCCCUCCACGGUCGCCUUCUUCGGCUACUUCGCGCUGCCGGACCAGCCGGGCAAGGAAGAGGUGGCCGAGUGCAACGUCCAUCCGCCGCCCGGGCCGAACUGCCAGUACGUGGAUCCGGGCACCGGCGAGCGCUGGUUCUGCGCGCGGCCCAAGACGCACCCUUGCGCGGCCCUCGUGCGCCACUCGUCGGGGCGCUACAAAAGCGUGCUGGCGCCCAGGGAGAAGGCUUUCUUUGCGAGGGCUGUGACAGACCAACCCAUCCCAGGGAGUGUGCCUGUUCUCCAGGUGCUGUCCAACCCCCAGCAGGCCAUUGCCUCUGUCCUCUUUGCCUGCAUCCCUGCAGUGACGCCACCCCCUCAGCCAUGCCGCCCCGGCCUUGCCCCCGCCAACCCAGCGGGCUUCUACUACCAGGACGCCUGGGUUUCCUUGCUGUGUUCCAGCCGGCCCUUCACUACUCCAGACUCGGCCCUCAGCUGCCUAAAAGGAAAGAUCGUCCACAUGGUUGGAGACUCCACCCUGCGCCAGUGGUGGGAGUUCCUGGUGGAAUUCAUUCCUUCACUCCAGCCCAUUGACCUCCAUGUCACUUACCAGUCGGGGCCUCUCCUUGCCGUGGAGGCUACCCAGGGCCUGGUGCUGAGCUGGCGUGCCCACGGCCUCCCUCUGCGCACCGGCAAGACCAUGAUGGCCGACUUGCACUACCUGGCCAACGAACUGGAUGCGCUGGGCGGCGGCCCUGACACCGUGGUGGCCUUCACACUCUGGGCGCACUUCACCACCUUCCCCCUGGAGGUCUAUGUCCAGCGGCUGCGCCGGGUGCGGCAAGCUGUGACUCAGCUCUUGGCCCGCAGCCCCCUCACCACCGUGGUCAUCAAGACAGCCAACACCGGCUACAAGUCUGUCUACGGCAGCGACUGGCUCUCCCAGCAGCUGGACCACCUGCUGCGCGCCAUGUUUGCUGGCCUGCGCGUGGCCGUUGUGGAUGCCUGGGCCAUGACCUCCUGCCACUACCUGCCCGACAAUAUCCACCCUGGCAAAGUCGUGGUGCAGAACGAAGUCGCCUCCUUCCUCUCCUACAUCUGCCCGCAAGACUGAGCCAGGAGGGAGAGUUGCAGCCCUUCAAUGUCAUCCGGGGCUCAAGGAGUCCAUGGAUAAAGGCAUCUGCAUAUGUUCCAGGAAAUAUUUAACAUCUACACACCAUCCAAGUACGCCCCCCGGGACACGCACCAGCCACGCCGCCGCCUGCUCUCCACCCCCGUUGCUGGACCCUGCAGCUUCACCACUGCCCAGAACAUCCCUAUUUCCCUCGGCAGCUCGGGCAGCUCCUAGCAGUUUCUGGAGAGCAGGGGAGGAG